AACAAUGCCAUGAAUAUAAAAGAAAUCACCUACGCAUUCAUUCGGUCCUUCCAAAAACGGAAUAUAACUUGCACUUUCACAGCUGCAGCCUGCACGAACGCCAGUUCAUCAGACUUACAGAGAGUGGAAAAUGGACGCGGCGACGAAGGAGAAGGUGGAAGAGACGGUGGUAGAAAUCCUUCGUACCGCCGAUAUGCUAAAGAUGACCGAGUUUAACGUCCGCACUCUCGCCGGCGAGAAGCUCGGUAUAGACCUUUCUGAACCUUCUCGUAAGAAGUUUGUCCGGCAGAUUGUUGAAGGUUUCCUUCAACAGCAGCAGCAAAUCGAUGCUCCUGAAGGCGGUAGCGGCGGCGGCGAAGUAGAAGAGGUACAACAAGAAGAAGAACAGGAAGAGGAGGAGGAAGAGAGUAAUAAGAGACGUUCUGAUGGCAAAGAGUAUGACGAAGCCGGCGAUCUUAUCAUCUGCCAAUUGUCUGAAAAGCGAAGAGUGACGAUUCAGGAUUUCAAGGGGAAGACAUUGGUGUCAAUUAGGGAAUACUAUAAGAAGGAUGGAAAAUUUCUUCCUACCUCUAAAGGAAUUAGCUUAACAGCUGAGCAGUGGUCCUCCUUCAACAAGAACAUUCCUGCUAUAGAGAAAGCUAUCGAGAAAAUGGAGGAUCGGUUGAACUGAGGCUGAAGCUUCUUUUAGGACAGGUAUGACAGACUGCCUAAGAGAUAAUCCUCUUACAAUUUGGUGUUUCAAUGCUCGUAUGUUGUGGUAGACAUUGCUCACUGCAAUAUUUAUCGUUUUGUUUCUCGAGUCAUCCAGGUCUUCAUUUUGCGAGACUUGAUGCGUUGCCUUAGAUAACUUUAUGAAACAAUGUACAAAUCGUGUAGUGAUUUUCAUUUUGUGAGGCAUCUUAUAGUCCUCGGCAACUGUAUAUGCAAUGCAGAUAAAUCAUGUUCUUUGGCUGCUACUCCUUUCUAGAGUUUUCUAUCGUAUACUAAAAAAUAUUCCGUAUUAUCCUCUGCAAUAAGAAAUAAUGUUUUCCCUA